UACAGCCUGUGCCUUGCCUCCAAGGCAUUUUCCAUUUCCUGGCCCCCUCCUCCUCCCCAUCCCUCAGCUUUCGCCCCUCCGCCCCUCCAUUUCAGCUCUGGCCCCUAGGGGAGCGUCCCUUGCCGCGGGGCUGACAGCACUUAGGGGUGCGGGGUCCCUGUUGUCUGUGCGCACAGCUUCGUUCACGGGUGCCUGGUGUCCAGCAGGCAUUGAUGUCAGGCGGUGGCGGAGCGCUGCCUACAGACGGUUGACCUGGACCCUCCUCCACACUCACUUCCUUCGUCGCCCCCUCCCUCUUCCCUGUACUCGGGCUCUGGCUCUCUAUAAAAGGCGGGAGCGUGGGGUGCCACAGCAGCGCCGAGUUUCAGCACCAUGGAGAGCCCCCGUCUCUGGCCGCUGACCGUCUUGGGUGCCGCCCUGCUUUUUCUGCUACCGCUGUUGGGUGCCCGUGCCCAGGAGGAUGCUGAGCUCCAGCCUCGAGCCCUGGACAUCUACUCUGCCGUGGAGGAUACCUCCCAUGAGAAGGAGCUGAUCGAAGCGCUACAGGAAGUCCUGAAGAAGCUCAAGACUAAAAGUAUUCCGAUCUAUGAGAAGAAGUAUGGCCAAGUCCCCAUGUGCCACGCUGGGGAGCGGUGCGCAGUGCGAAAAGGAGCACGGAUUGGGAAGCUUUGCGACUGUCCCCGAGGAACCACCUGCAAUUCCUUCCUCUUGAAGUGCUUAUGAGGCUUCCACCCUCCUCCAUAAAUCCCCACUGCCUCUGCCUCCCUUGAGAGGACCACACUUUCAUCCCCGGAGUUCGGCUUUAGCAACAAAGUUUGCGUUUCCCUCUGAGAGUUAAAGGGGCUCUUGUCCUGCUGUUCCCAAAUAAAAGAAUACAUUAAAUGUUACUGUGUGAAGGAUAACGCCUUGUACGGUGUUGAUACAUGUGCCAAGUAUUCUUAUUCAUCUGACAAACUCUUACCCAUCUUUGUGUAGAGAAGGGCAACUUUGCUUUGAAAACUGUAUUUUUGUAUGUGGUGUGGCAGGAUGAACAUUAGAUUUAGUUAAUCUUGGUAGGUGACAUCACAACCUGGAAAAUAGUCCCAAAUGACACAAAUUGCAGCAUGUACAAUUAUACAUAAUAAAGUGUUUUUAAUAAUUGC